UUAGUAAUUCUUCAAAAAUAUAUUAUUUUAUAUUAUAGAUAUUUUUUUCUUAUAAAAUGACUACAUUAACAUCUUUCCCCGAAAAUGAUAAGUGUCCUAAAGUUUGUACUGAUAUUGGGGCGUUUAAAAAAGCUUCUAAAACUCCAGAACAGGCUGAGAAAGAAAUAAAAAAUGCUGAAGAAACUAAAGCUGCUGUUGCAGAACCUUCACCACCACCAACGUUUCAAGAAUCACUCGAAGGAACUGGUCUUCCACCCACGGGUGAGGAAUACUUACCUAAUCUCAAACCAGGAACAGAUGGUAAAGUUGACUGGACACCACUUGGGGAUAUGACUGGUACCAGACCAGGGGUCAAUAAAUACUCUAUUAGCCGGUAUUCACUGAAUGAAUGGAGAAAACAUAACCAGAAUGUAUUAGAUCCCGAAGUAAUUACUGAGUCUAAUAUAAUAGACUACAAUGCGAAAACAUCUAUGAUGCAGGCUUUUGGUAAUAUAGAUAAACAGCAGAGUGAAAACACAAAGAGGUUAAAACAAAAAGCUAGAGAUAUCUUUAGAUGGAAAGUAGAAGUUGAAAAAGCUUGUAAGGCAAUAACUGAGGAAGUUGAAUAUCUAGAAAUAGAACGACAAAGACUGAAAGGAGCAUCUAGAGUACUGAUGUUGCCUGAAUCGAUUUCAAAAGAAUGUUUAGACCUCCGUUCAAACAGGUUCCAAUCAGAUUUAGUUGCUGAUUUAGCGGAGCAAGAAUUAAUCAAAGAAAUGAAUUUAGUAAGCGAAGUGAGAGCAACUUUGAAAAAUACUUUAAAUCAAAUCGAAGAACAAAUGGCUAUAAAUAAAGCUGCUAAACACAGAAUCGAAUACGAUUGUUGUGAUAAAGCUAUGGCUUACAAUACUGAGUCCAUCAACCUUAGUCUUAAUACAAAAUCGAAUACAAUCUUGUUUAAACCUGGUUCUACAAGAUUUGGUGAUUAUACUGCUCCAUUAGAAUAUUGGGAGUAUUUUUGUAGAGAAAAUGUCCAGAACUGUGAAGCAGCAAGACAAAAAUCUGCGGAUUUAAGAGGUAGCCUUAAUGCUAUUUUAGUGAAUGGUGGAAGGAAAUUAAGAAAUCAAGCCGAUAGAACUGAUAUGGCUUUAGCUGAGACUGUCGCUAUAACUCAAGAAUUAUGCAUGAAACUUGAAGAAACUUUGAGAAACACGCUGCAAAGGAUUGCAGAUAUGGAGGUGUUAAUAGAUAAUUUAAAAGAUUCUAUUAGAAAAAUGGACUCGGCCAUGAAAUUGGCGCAAACGAGACUUGAUAAUAGAAAUAAUUGGAGGCCACAUGGAGAGAGUGUUAGAGACCAACCACACUUAGGUUUAAUUGAGGAAGUAAAAAAGAUUCAUGAGACUGUAACUUCUCUUCUUGGACAACUGCGUAAUGCGGAACGAGUGAGAGAAGAUUUAUUAAAAAAGAGAAUUGUCUUGGAAAAAGAUAUAGCUUCUAAACGUAAGACAUUAAAUAUUGAUAGAGACAGAUGUGGGAUGAUCAGAUCUCACUAUCCAUCAGCUUCUGAACUAGCUGGGUAUUGAUUAAUAAAUAUAUGGAUCACAUGCAGAUAUAUUUACAUAAUUUUGUAGAAAAUUUAAUGUUAGUAAUUCUAUAUUGUUUUCUUUUAUUGUUUUUAAAUCUUCUGAUUCUUCAUUCAGUCUAUUUUUAUGCGAUUUCAAAAAAGGACUUUCUUUUU